CUCACCUUGAAGCCCGCUCCUUGGGGCGCCUUGGUCCUGCUAGCCAAUCCUUAGGCGCCUGACCUACACACACGCACUUGAAGCCCGCUCCUUGGUGCGCCUUAGUCCUACUAGCCAAUCCUUAGGCGCCUGACCUACACACACACUGAGGGGGGCGCCUGGGCCCAUUAAUCCUCCGACGCCCAAGUUAGUUCCAAUUAUAGAGAGAGAAGUAUGAAACUAUAAGUUUUAGUGACAGAGUCCAACCUGUGUAAAUGCUACCAACUGCCCAUAUUUAUACUCACCGAGCUCGAGGUGGAUCUCCUCCACGUCACCAUCUCAUUAAAUGCUUUGUAUCUUCACUUCUGUCAGAAGCCCCAACCACCUUGUCAGGCUUCUGUCGGCUGGCAGGCGCCCACAGGCGGGGGACCACUUGCCAUCCUGGACCUCUUUGGCCCUUAGUGCUUUGUCUCCAUGCCUAUGCUGCCUGGAGUGCAAUGGGCUUUGCCGGCUUCUUCUCCUGGCCCAUUGCCUUGGGAUACUUUCACCUAACUGGGCUCUUCUUGAGCCCCUUUAGUAAUGCCCUCAACAAUUCCGGGCUUCUUCUCCUGGCCCAUGGCCUUGGGCUACCUUCACCUAAAUGGGCUCUUCUUGGGCCCCUUUAGUAAUACCCCCAACAAGUUAUUUAUCAGCGAAUGACAUAUGUCUAAGGUUGGCCAAAUUAAUUUUUAUAUUAUUUAGAAUUAUCUUUGGCAAUUUGACACCUCUAAGAAAUAUUUUCCGUGGAGAAUUAUUCAAACAACUAAACAGUGCUCUAUCUCUAUCUUAACUUAUCCAAUGUAAAUACAUAUAAUUAUUAGCAUAAUUAUAUACAUCUUAUACAUUAAUGUGUGUUUAUGCGACAAGUGAUUCAGAGAGAGUUGUUUUAUAUCACUAUAAGAUGCGGUUGAUUCUACUUAGUCCGUGUCUGAAGCACAAGUAAGCUUUCAAAUGGGAUGAACAUAGAGGAGGAGUUAGAAUGGAGGCAGGAAGGGCUAUAGCCCCCCUCCCCAUCCACUCAAAUUUGAAAUAUAAAUAAAAUUACAUAUAAAAUUCGCAACAAAUUUAGGUAAUAGAGUAGUCGAUAAGGCUUUAGCCCCCCUCCUCCAAUUAUAACAGUUCAAGUUAAACCUCUCAUUCAGAUUCCUGGCUCCGCCAUUGUUACUGAACAUAUAUGGUAACUAUUAAUUAUUUAUGAUCUCUAACCAUUUCGCAUUGUUCACCUUACAAAAUUAUUGCUUUUUUUCUUCUUACAUUUUCAUAAACUAAUCCACACAAAUAAGGGUUGAAGAGAAUUGAUCAACCAUUGACAAGAUCACCAACAAGGAAAUAUGAUCUUUGCAUAAGAACAAAAUGGGAACUAUCAACAUUCAUAAUGACAUUCCAUUGAUUUCAUGUUUGUUUUCAAUCUAUAUAUUAUUCUAUGUUGGUCGUAAAUUUUUUAUUUUGUGAAUUCCUAUAUAGGGCUUCAAAAUGAGAUGUAUAACUUGCAUAUUAAGGGAGAUGGAUUGUUAAGAUCAAUAAAAUUUGCCAAAAAUUGUAAUAAUCAUAUUCAAGUCAUGCUUUCUAGAGACUUUAUAGUAUUUGAGUUUUCUUCUUUAAUUAAUUCUAAAAAAAUUUAUCAAAUUAUUUCUCAUGUUUUAGUUAUAACUUUAUUUUAUGGUAGUUGUUAAAGUAUUUAAUAUUGGACAUCCAUCAUAUAAAUGUGAAUAUUGUGUAGUAGUGACGUGAAAAGAUAAAAGUAGGAAACACACAAGAAAUUCCAUUUACACCAAGUUUCCAUACUAUUACUCAAGUAAAGUGAAUUUCCCUCCUCGAAAUCAUCAUCGGAGGUUAAAAUAUCAUAAUGGGACACAUACGUGGCUAUAACAGAGUAUUCUCAUUAACUUCUAUUGGAGGCAAACUUGACCUAUUUAUAAAUUAUGUAUGUGGAGUAUAUGUUUAUCUAUUGAAGGUCAAGUAUAAAAUGAGUUGAUACCCUGGUAUUUUCUGAAAGGAACAUUACCAAAAUUUGCUCAAGUCUACAUCCAUGACACUGGCAAUAAAAUCCAAAAACUAUAAGAUCUUUCUCUAGAGAUCCAUUUUUGGAAUCCUUUGCACAAUACGAUUAUUUAGCAAUUGUAAGAUAUGUUAGACUUGAGUAAUAUAUUACUAUUAGUACAAAUAUUUUGACAUGUAAUGGAUAAAAUGAAUGACACCCUGAGUGUUGUACCCUUUGGUUGGAGUUGAAUAUUAAGGAUGGAUUAAAAGCAAUCAAACAAAGCGGCGACAACAUUACUACAAAGGUCUUUUGAAUUCUUACUUCAAAGGUGAUUUGAACCAGGUUGAAUGGAAAACAUGUCAUUGUGACUUCAUCACGUACAAUGUAGUUCUCGAAGCAAGUAUGGAAGCUUCUAACAUGCUAUGAUCAUUUAUGCAUGGGCAAUAUACCUUGAUCUUUCUGUUACAUUUUCAUUUAAACCCGAGUGGCUCGAUAUUCAUUACAUGAUUGAUUAGAUAAAUACUACUUUUAGGAAAGAUCCUAAAAGAGUUGAUAUCAUCGCAAGAGUUUUUAAGUUGAAGCUAAAUCAAUUGUUGAAUGAGAAUUGUUUUGAGAAGACAUGCCCAUAUAAGUUAUAUUCUAUAGGAUUACUUUAAUCAUUCUUUACUCAUGAGUUGUUUGGUAAUUAUUUUUCAGUUUAGAUGGCUAUUGAUAAUUUCUUACAUUUUAUGUGUUGGCAAAUGAAUUUUCAAAAACGUGAUCUACCUCUUCUCAUGUAUUAGUAUUUAUAUAUAUGGAAGAUGAAUUCUAUAGUCCUUUGAAAAUGGAUUCAAUUCUAUUUGAUGAAAUUUCAUAUCUAAGUAGAUCUUGAAUUUUAUCAAACAAUUACCAAUUUUACGCUACAUGGCUUAUAUGGCAUUCGAUGACAUAAAGCUCCAUGUGCAUCUAAUAGUGUAUGUUCCAGAGAUCAACAAGCAAACAACUACUAAUGAGAAUGAAUUUCCAAGGUAUCAGUGUCGAGAAAACAACCAAUCAAUCAUGGUGAGUAUAGUCUCACUUGAUAACCGGUUCAUUGUUCCUUAUAACAUGUACCUAUAGUUACGAUUUCAAGCUAAUAUAAUACAGGUGAUAACGAAACAAAGCAAAUUGUGGAAAAUAUUCAUAAAUUGUACGAGGUAAAUUCUACUUUAGUGAAAAUGGUGCUUUAUAUUUGAUAAUAUUUUACAAUUAAUUUUUUUAAUUCGAUCAAAUGCAGGAAAAGAAAGAGGAGAUCAUUGGAAUACAGUAGAGUAAGGAAGAGACAACUGAUAAUUGAUAUAGAGGUGCAGUGUCAUUAAUGGAGUUGAAUGCGUUGUUAUUGAUGAAGACUAUGAUAUGCUCAUGGCAGAGGAAACCAAACAAAGCCAAACAAAUAUGCAGUAAUUUCUAUCAAAGUGGAGUAAAUAGAAGUGUCAUUUGAACAAUUUUUUAGGAGUUGGCUCCUUGGUUCUAAGUCUGUCUUUUAUGUUAAGGAUUUUAGCUGAUGAACUGGUUAGGAUGUUAGUUAAUACUAUGAUGUUAAUCCUUUUGAAUGUUACUAAUUACUAAAUAAUAUGGAUUCUCUUAUGCUACCAAAUAAAAAUGUAUUUCGCUUGACUUUUGCUACUCAUUAUUUUGCUAUAUGCAAAAUGACUCCAACCAACUGGCCAAGUCCAUAAAACCAGGCCCGGCCCAGACCCUGUGCUGGUCAGACCCACAGCACAGGGCCUCAAGUUUUGGAGGCCCAUAAUCCAUACGAUCGGAGGCCCGCUUGGGCUAGCGAAGCCCACAUGGCCACACAAAAACCCCAUGGCCCAUGUUACAAGACAAGAGGCCCGCUUGGGCUAGGGAAGCCCACAUGGCCAGACAAAAACCCCUUGUACAAAAACGCAGGGAGGGAGGAGAAUCGAACCACUGACCUCUUUUUAAUUAAAAAAAAGAUUAAACCACUAAGCUACAAUUGGUUUGUUGAAUCUAAAUAUCAGUUAACUUAUUUAUUCUUCUCUUUCCCCAAAAUUUCUCAACUUCCCAUAAUCGUACAACGCUUAAAUAUGAAUUGUUCAUACUCAAUCCUGAUUAAGUCUUCAUCCCUACUAUCAAGUCUCCUACUCAACUUGUUUUAAGUUCUAAUCUUUUUUCUUUAUCUUUUGCAGAGAACUUAUAUUGAUUGAAAAUUUGGAUUUAUUAAUCUUUGGUUAUAAUUUUUAAUUAUAUCAACCCAAAAAUUUCAAAAAGAUAGUUUCUAAGUGUAGAUAAUAUUUGAUAAUAUAUAUAAUAAUAUUAAUUUGUAAUAAUUUUUUGAAAUUAUGUAAUUUUUAGUUUGAACACAUUUACGAGAAAAUUUUUUGGGGCCACAUUUAAAUUUUCGAACAGGGCCUCCGAAUAUAAUAGGACGGGUCUGCAUAAAACAUCGAACAAAUUGCUUUUUCCAGGUCAACCGGCCGGUUACCAUUCUAGUUUCUCGCACUCUUUUUCCAAACCUCCCCCAUUACUAAUAAACUUUUCUGUCUCCGUAAUCCAUUACUUUAAAAGUCAAAACACAAAUCCCCAAAAUCGGCAGCAGAAGAACUGUGGCGAAAAGCACAACAAGAAGAAGUCAGCGACACAAGUCCCCUUAUGUUUGGACUUACCAGGUCGAAAGAUCUCUUUUCGGCCACAUUGCCACAAACAAAUAGACAACAAAGAACAUUAAACUCGGCAAGAUGCUUUCAAGUUCACGUCUAGGUUUUUGUUCCCAAACCAACUGUUCAACCUCUGCGUUGGAAUCGAAGUAAUGGUGAAGCGGGAAAAACAGAGGAGUGUCGAAAACAGAGUAUAUAUAAACCACCUCUCUGGAUCUCUCUUCUUCACUCUCUCACUCACCUAUUCGUGAGCAUAGUAAAGCUAAUAGAAGAAGAAGAAGAAACACCAUUUUCAAAAAUGCUUUCUCCUCCCCCCUCCAAUCAUACAACAAAAACAGUGGAUACUCUGUUUUCUUCAGCCUCACUUCAUCUGCAGAGGAAAAAAAACCGCAUUGACAACUUCUUCAGGAACCAGAACCCAGAAACCCAGCCACAGCACAAUUCUUCUAUUGCAGAUAUAAUCAGAAUUGCUGCAGAAAAGUUCAUAAAUUCUACUAUUGAACCCACCGACCCACCAUCUGGAAACUCCGACGACGUCGAACUCAUACACCACCUUCUGCGUGCAGCCGAUGAAUUGGACCACAAGCAGUACGAGCAAGCGACCCACUUCCUAAACCUCUGUGAUUUCUCGUCUUCCAGGACAGGUAAUCUCGCACAGCGAAUCACCCACUACUUCGUCCAAGCUCUUCGCGAAAAGCUCCGUAAAGAAACCGGCAGCGGAACCCACCCGAUAGCCGAUCUCAUGAACCGUUUCCAACGAUUUAACGUCGAGGAAACAAUUACUGCUAUAUCCCCUAUAGUCGCGGUCUUGCACGAGAAAAUCCCCUUCUUCCAAGUCGGUCAGCUAGCCGGAGUUCAAGCAAUCGUGGAAAGCGUCGAGAAAGCGAAAAGGAUUCACAUAAUCGACCUCAGAAUCAGAAACGGGAUGCAAUGGACGGCCCUGAUGCAGGCUUUAUCCACCGACUCCAAAGGGAAACGACGUCGUCGUCGUGCACCGGAGAUUCUGAAAAUCACAGCCAUCGUCACCAUGUCUGAAAAUUUGGUACGGGGAACAGGGGAAAGGCUAGCAAAGUUCGCCGAGUCCAUGAACAUACCCUUCUCAUUUAACUCCGUAGUGGUAUCAAGCUUAGUAGAAAUCGACGAGACGCAAUUCGACCUCGAUCCCAAAGAAGCCGUGGCUGUUUUCAGUGAGUACGCAUUACAGGGUCUCGUCUCGGAGCCGAAUGAAUUGGAGGCACUGAUGGGGUUUAUGAGAAAAAUCCGUCCCAGCAUUAUGGUUGUCCUUGAAUCAGAGGUGAAUCUCAAUUCCUCUGUCUUCUCUCACCGGUUCGUUGAAGUUCUGUUCCAUUACGGGGCAUAUUUCGAUUGUGUCAAUGCCUGCCUGGAAUCAUCGAGUGGCGGGGAGAGGGGUUUGAUUGAGUCGAUGUUCUUGAACAACCAUGUGAGGGAGCUUUUGGUGAAGGAAGGGGAAGAGAUGGCUAGGGUCGUGACGGUUGAUGUGUGGAGGAAGUUCUUUGGGCGGUUUUUUAUGUGGGAAGUGGAGUUGAGUUCGUCGGCUAUGGAGACCGUGAAUCUGUUGCUGGGGAGGUUUGUGGGUGGCAAGUAUUGUACGUUGGACGUGGAUGGUGGGAGUUUGAUUGUUGGAUGGAAAGGGACGCCCAUUUUCUCCAUUUCCACUUGGAAGUUCCUCCAUUGAAACUUCGUUGGCAAUUGAAUAAUGAAGGCUCCAUUUCAUUAUAUCAAUUGGUGAGAAGUGGUUUACUUUGAAGCAGCAGCUGAUUCUUGCAGAUGUCUGCGACGAGGGCGAUUUAGCGAUGGGUAGGCUUGGUGUUACGAAAGAAAAAUAAGUUGUCAAACUACUUUAUACCGGUAUAGUAAGUGGUAGGAUUUAAUCGAGGUGCAACCAGUUUAUGUUGGUUUCACAAAAUACGGCCAUGCAUGGUAUAAUAGUGGACUAUCACGAAAGCCCCAAGGAAAGAAAGUAAAUGAUACACCAUAGUUUAUACUAGCUUAUUACCCGACUCGUUGGCCGGAUUACUGUAUGUUUCCCACUUGUGGAAUGGGAGAGAAAGCAAGUGAGAGUGAAGGGAUUGGGAUUCCACUUAAUUAGGAUCGACCCACUAAUCCGAUUCUUCCCGACCCGCCCCAACUUAAAGGGUCAGAAAGAGUCAAUAAGAAAAUACGAACGGAGAGGAUUAGUCAUAUAUCUUGACUCUUCAGAAGUGGGUCAAACAGGAUCAAAGUUGGGUGAGGGCAAUUUUUAGCGCUAAACAGAGUUCUGGGUUGAAUAACUUUACUUAGGCCUAGAAAUUGGUGUUGAUCAGACUGCAGUUUUUAUUAUACCAUCAUCAAUCAUCAUUGAAUUAGUCCUGGGCAUCCCUCCCCGUUGUCGGUCUGAAUUCUACUGAUGGCUUCAUUUCUUGCACCAGCCAUAUCAGCGAGUUGUCAUCUCGAGCAUGAUUUGCCUAUGUACAAAUGAUACAAUUAGAGUAUGAAACUUAAUUCAAAGAAAAGGAAAAGAGAAUUCUAUCACAUGCCAAUAAAUACACACAUAAUAGUUGAAGCUAAGUGAAAGUCAUUACUCGCACAUCAAUUCUAAAAAAUUACAGACUAAACAAUGGCUAGAAUGGCACUGAAACUACCAAGAAUCAUGGACGAAACAACUUGUCAAUUUAAAUAAUCCUUAUACUGAAACUACCUUCUAACUUGAAAUAAGACAUGAUUAUAGUUCAUAGCUCUCUUCUCACUAUGAAUUGGUUGCAGCUCGUCCUUAUCACUGCCUCCCAAGCUCAAUUCAAACGGAAUAGAUACUGUUAUGUAAG